AUGGGUACCGUUUACGCGUCGCGCUUCGAAGCAGUGUUUUUGUGCUUGCACCCCAAAGGACCUCAAAUGACGCAAACGGCUGCUGCAAAGUACAUGCAAAAGUCGAAACAGUUCGUCAGUAAGUGGGUGAAACGUUACAAAGAGGUGAAAAAUGUGGACGAUUACCCAAAUCGCGGUUCGGUUGGCGUAGUGUCAGAAAAAGACGAAAAAGUGAUUUGUACCCUGUUUUCGAAGAAUCCAACAUUAUCUCUGCGUGAAGGUGCUCAGGAAUUAUCGAAAAAAGGUUUGAUAAUAUCGCACGAAACUAUUCGCAAGUAUUUGCAUACUAAUAGUUUAAAGUUCAGAGGUACUUUACAAAAGCCAAUGCUGAGUGAAAAACACGUUGAAAAACGUCUCGAGUGGGCAAGGGAACAUUUAGAUCGUGACUGGGACAAUGUUGUGUUCACCGAUGAAUUAUCUUUUCGUACUAGGGCGCGUAAAAUGAUAGUUUUACUCCCGCAUUUGCGGGAGUAA